AUGUCCAUGACCUCCAAAGUAAUCGCCAUCACCGGCGGCGCCAGCGGCAUUGGUCUCGCCACAGCCUCUCUCCUCCUCACUCGUGGAGCUACAGUCUGCAUUGGCGACAUCAUCCCAUCAACUCUCGAGACCGCUAAGACGACUCUCUCAGCCGUCCUCUCAGACUCUUCGUCAGGAGGACAAGCAAAAGGUUCCUUCCAUCUCAGCAAGUUGGACGUCUCUAAAGUUGAGGAAGUCGAUGCUUGGAUUGCAGGGAUUGUGAAGGAGCAUGGCAGGUUGGAUGGUGCAGCGAAUUGUGCGGGCGUGAUUGGGAAGAAGCAUGGGAUUACGAAGUUGGUGGAGUUGGAAGAUGAGGAGUGGGAGAGGAUCAUUGGCAUUAACCUUACGGGACUCAUGUAUUCCCUGAGGGCUGAAUUGAGAGCUAUAGAGAAUGGAGGCAGCAUCGUCAAUGUAUCGAGCAUUCAAGGUGUGAUGGGCUUCCCCGGCAGCGCUGCCUACGUGGCAAGCAAACACGGCGUAAUAGGACUCACACGCGCCACGGCGAAAGAAGUCGGUGAUCGUGAAAUCAGAGUCAAUGCUAUAACUCCUGGCUCUAUCAUGACCCCUCUGUUGCAGAAAGCACAGGAGAUGAAUCCAGAGGAGGGUGUGGGUAUGCCUAAUGCAAUCAAGAGAGUUGGAACUGCGGAAGAGAUGGCUGGGAUUAUCUGCUUUUUACUGGGGCCGGACAGCACGUAUGUCACAGGUGCAGCAUAUGCUGGAGAUGGAGGGUGGAAUUGUUGA